AUGAUUCAAGACGAUGAGUUUGAGCUUAUGGUUUCGAACCCAGAGCGGAUCAAAGCUCUAGGGUUCAAACCCCAGAAAGAGAUAUUGACAAAUCAUAUAUUGCCAUAUGCUGCUGAACUGGAUGAGGAAUCGAUGAGAUUCCUGGAACAAGUGAAGAUAAACCUGGCUAAGGCUGUCAUGCUGCGUGAGAUGAAGCCGGCGUGCGGUAUCUGGUCCUCAAGGCUUAUGAAAUACAUAAGAAUACAUGGCUUGAAAUUUUCAAAAGAAGAUCACAUAGCACUGAUAAAGCUAGCUUAUGAACUAAUACUUAUUCCUGAUCUAGAACCUUGCAAAGUUCACAAGUUUGCUACGAUGUUUUUAAUGCUCACUAAAAAAAGACAGUUGAUUUCGCCGGAUGACUUGACACUGCCGUGGCGCCCACUAUAUGCAUUAGGACAAAAGAUUUUUGACAAGAGCUCAACUAGCAUCGGCAUGUACCAUUAUCUGAAGCCAAAGCGUUCUUCCAAACAAGGAGGUGUACUCGAUAUGAUUCGCAAAUUCCUGUCAGGAGAGGGGCUAGGCGACGCCCUUGAAUUGUUCGGCCUUCAUGGAGCCGACGACAGCGAAGUGCCAGAUUCCCUGGAAACUUCAUACAUAUCGAUGGUGAAAUGCGCAAGACCAUAUUUUGAACUAAACGCAACCAAAGAAAUGUUGGAAGUGUUUUUGCCUCAAGCAAAUCCCUGGUCUUCAGAUACUCAUGUUGCUUGCCAACUGGCCGUAUUUAUCCCCGUAGCAUUACCUCCUCAACAUGCUGACAAAGGCCAUUUACUCUGGUUCGACGAACUCAUGACUCUGUGGGAUACGUGGUAUAAUGCGCUAUGUGGUAUUUCAGAGUUAAUGAUAGUUUUCGCGGGCCUCGCAAAACGUAAUCCUGGAGCAGUCGAUUGGACGCCGUAUGUUCCAAAGAUGUUCGUGCGAUUUCUUCAUGCCCUCAAUUUGCCAGUCAGUUAUAAGGAUAUGCAAAUUACGAGAACACACUCCUUAGAUAUGAAACAUGUAGCAUCAUGGAUCGUAUGGACUAUAAAUCCUGAUGGCGUCGUCCUAAAGCAACUGCGAAGUUUUUUGGCUGGAGUAGAGAGCUACCUACACAGUGCUAAUUCUGGCCGUUGGUCGUACAAACUCAGAGACUUGUUGAGAAAACUGGCUAGAGAGUUCGUUAACAGAGUACGUCGCGAACGUGAAAAGAGAUUCUCUGAAAGCUGGGAGAAUCAGGUUCCGGAGCAAUAUCGACUCAGAGACGAAGAUAUCACUGAAUUUAUAAACAUUGUACUUGAACCAACACUUCAAGCUGUAUACAGUCGCAGUGGCUCUCUAGACAUUUCAAAUGCUUUACAUAACUUAGCUACUCUACGUCCAGCUAUAGUAAUACCUCCUUUGUUGGAAAGAUUGCGAACUUCAUUGACGUCACUUACGGAACCUCACCGAGUCACCGCAGCUAUGACAGCUGUGGCUUCCGUCGCUAGACCACUCCUCAGAGGCCCUGAUGCUGACUAUCCUGAAGGGCCGACCCACGUUAUGCCUCUCUUAAUGGCCAUUCUACCAGGCCUCGACCCCAAUGAUAUCAAAAAGACCAUAGUCAGUUUACACUUUAUUCUCGUAUUCACUUGGAUGGUACCAUUAAUCGACUGCAGUUCAGCUCAUGAGUAUUGGAACGAUUUAACUGAGGAAGAACUUCUGACGUGCGAAUCUACCGCACAAAUGGAAGACUUUGUAUUGGUGUUCAUGGACAGGAUAUUCGUUAUCAUCGAGUCGAGUGUCCUGGAACAUGUAAGGCUGGACACUAAGGAGUCAGAUUUGAGUCGCAGUAAGACUGAUAUUGUCAUGGAAACUGCAAUUAGUUCAGCAACAUGCGCAGUAUUAAUUCAGAGUUCUCCUAAGAUAUUUACGGAGGCACUAAGGAAAUUUAGAGCAUUUGCUACAGAAACUACCUUUGAAACGAAUGUAUCAGGUAGUAUGGUCGGUGUCCUGUUACGUGUAUUUGCCCGAAUUAAUUCUGAAGCGACCUUAGCUGCUUUUCUUCCAAGUCUUUGCGAGGAACUGAAAGAGAUUCUGUCGUCUGACGAAAUCCUGACCGAGGAGAAUCCACCUCGCGCCCUUACAUACCGUUUGCUGUUAUUACUUCAUGCAGUGGAGUGCGACGGCACCGUUCUGCUCAAGUAUAUUCCAGACAUCCUUCCAAUAUUGGAUAGAGCGUUAAAAUUGCAUAACAGACAAUCGCAGACACGCGCUUGCGACGUCCUGAACCAUAUGCUUUCAUCUCUGAGCUCUGUUGAUUUAAAGGAAUGGAGAAGUUCGCCGAAGGAUUACGGAACAGCCCCAGAGAAAUGGUUGCCUAUUAGAGAGUGGGGUUCUGGAUGUUUACUAAAAGAUUGUAACUUUAGUUGGUACGUGCCUUCUGAGGCCGAAGCGGCUUGCGCUCAAAUGUUAGUUGACAGAUAUUUAAAAACCGAAGUAGUUAGACUUCGACAAUGGUUGAACGGUGAAAGGGACAUGUGCCGAGAAAGAAGACUUAGUAGCUUCUACAUUAUCAGUGCUGUACUCUCAUGUAGUCCUUUCUACCCACCCCCUAAUGAAGAACCUGUUGCGCUCCUGGAUUCCAAGGUGCCUCCUACGAGCAUUCCUUUCACUUCUGGCGUUCGUCAUGAAGUGCAUCUAGACGGUGAAAAUGUUCGCGUGGCAUUGACUAAAUUGUUACUGGACGUUCAAGCACGAUUUCUUGCUGACAAGAGUGAUGAUACACGUGGACUCGAAACGCUCAUAACGGUGUGGGAACGCGUCAUAGUAUUAAAAGGUAUGCGUGGCGGACCAUCUCUAGAAGCACGUCUCCGUUCGUACGCAGCCCUAGAGCGUGCGCUGGACGGGCGCGGCGGGCCCAGCACAGGCCGCGGAGAGGCGGGCGCCAGAGGAGCGGGUUCCGCGAGAUUGCGCAUGCUAGCUGCUGAUGCAGCUAGGUUACACGAUGACGCCAGAUAUGAUCUUGUGUGUGAAGCUGGGAUAACACCAUCCGUUUUAAAGGUGCUGCAUGCGUUUGCAGAACUAUCCGUCAAUCAGUAUAGUUCUGUCCGCAUAUUGGCCCAAAUUCGACUAUACUGGAUGCUUGCCCACUACCCAUAUUCAUACCGCGCACUGGUACCAUCUCUGGCAGCUCAACUGGCCGAAGAAGGAUCAGGCGAAGAAUGGCAUGCCAAGCACAAGGGAAUUUUGUUUAUGAUGCUGGGACCUAGAGCGGGUCCACUAAUAGCCAAACAAGACUGGGAUGUGGUACGGGCCCUGUGGCCUGCCAUACUUAAAGCACCGUUGAGUGAGAAACCCAGUAUGGUACGUUUGGAGCAAGCAUUUGGCGAUUUGCUACACCGUCAAUUCCCUACAGUAAACACGCGGCUAACUAUAACUACAUCAGCAGUAGAGGCAGCGACGAAACUUCUUACAGAGAGUCAGAUGUCUGACCCACAAUUUGUAAAACUACUGAACGGUGCCCUAGAAAGCGAAACAGCAACAUCUAAUAAAACGGAAGGUUUCUAUUUAGAACUUAUGAAUGAGUUGGUGAAUAUCAUCGAAACGCCUAACGCGCAAUGGCGUCGCAUUGAAUUGGCCAUACAAAUGCUGACAUUCUGCCCUUCCUUACAAACUCCGUACCCGGCGAGUGCAGUGCGGGCGUGUGCACGUGCGCUUUUACACGACGACAUCGUCGUGCGCCGCAACGCGCUGCGUAUCAUGCACUACAUGCUCAAACAACGAAAGCAUAAGGUGCAAAAAGUACUUUUGGACCCGUACGAAAUUGCUGGAGUACCUAAACCUGAGAAACGAAUCCGUGGAUACAGAAAAGACCUAGAAUGGGCGAUCUGGUCAGAAGAUAAUGUACCCACAACUGAUGAAGAAUACGAAAAACCCUGGCUUAGGAAUCCAAUGUUAGGGUUCUAUGCCUGGCCAGAAAAACUUGAGGUGGCAGCACCAUCAUCUCAACAAACAUUUUCAUCAGACCUUCGCCCUGAAGAUAUGGAGGAAGGCGAGCGCUUUUUGUACGAGUUCUUCAGUAACGAUGAAAACGUUGACAAACUCGUCGGGUUCCUUACCGUCGAAGAAAAGAAAGGAAGAGACAAGUUUAAUGGCAUCAGAUUCUCUUUAUUUAAGAUACUGUUCUCUCAGUUCGGAGAGGAGAUCGCUAACAAAUUCAUAGAACACGCAUUACGUUGCGUCAAAGCCACGGAUUCGCAGGAGGCGCAACAGCGCUUCGCGGCCGAGGUGGCGGCCGCCGCCCUGCGCGCGCCGCGCUACUGGCCGCGCCACCGAGCGCUGCCCAUGUACCGACGAGCCAUUGACGUCAUUGAAGCCGGUUUGACUACAGUAACGGCAGAGACUCUAGAAGACUGGGGAACGAGCCUGGCCACGGGCGUGGAGAAGCUGGACCCCCUACGGGGCGCACCUGUGGUGCACGCGCUCAUGCAGCUGUGCGCGCCGCAGCCCGCCACCGACACCGCCCAGGACAGCGAAACCUCCUUCAUCGUGUGCGCGCGACUGUACGCUCUGCAGGGUGCUCUGGGUUCUCUAAAGUGGCGCGCUGCCCCACUUGCUGCUCAACUCUUACAACGACUGGAAGAUGCCAAUUUUAUACAACACCCCUAUCAAAAUGUUCGAGAAACCGUUGGCAGUUUACUGAUGACGAUAUUCGACACGGAAAUGAUAUUCCCGGGCAGCGAGCGAGGUGGUGCGCCAAGCCUUGAAGAAUUUUUAGCCUCUGUGCAACCUAAACUAGCCGCUCUGUAUGACGAACAUGGAGACAUAGUAAUAAAAACAGCGCUAUCGGCAGCGGCCAGCAUGCAGUGUAGCGUGCGCGAGCCGAGCGCAGACUGCACCAUCAGCCGACCGCUGAGGGACCUCGCGCCCGUCUCACAAGUUGCACAACUUGUGGAUGUCGCCAGACUGGCGCCGGAAGGGUCGCAGGUUGACGACGACGCUCCACAGCCACCUGAAACCGGAGAAUCCGACACGGAAGGUGCGAGCGUGAUGACGUCACGUAUCAACAAGGAGCUUGUGGUGCAGCUGGACUCGGCGCUGCGCCUGGGUGGAGACGCCGCGCCGCCCGCGCCGCAGGACCACGCGCGCGCGCUUAACUUGCUCACUACCGUGCUGCGCGGCACGAUGGGCGUGAUCGUGCGCGGCGCGUGCAACGGCGCGGCGGCGAGCUACGCGCUGGUGCGCAGCGCGUGCGGCGCGGCGGCGCGCGGGCCCCCGCAGCCGCACGACGAGCUGCCGCGCGCCGCCGCCGGCUUCCUCGCCAGCCUCGCGCUCGCGCUGCACCACCCGCCCGCCUUCGACACCGCGCUCGAGCACCUCGACGCGCUCGCCGUAGGUCGUUCGUGGUGGGCUCGACUCGCGUGCCUCGAUUUUGCACAACCCCUUUUAUUUUAUGGCCUGCCGUUGCUGUGUGACCAGGUUGACAGAGCCGUGCGUACCGAGAAAUUUGCUCUCAAAUUGAUGCGAGAUCGAAGAUUGGAGGUACGUCAAGCAGCAGCAAAACUACUCACGGGUCUUAUGCAUUGUCGUGCAUUACCCGAUGAAGAUCACACGAUUCGAACCUUGAUGCGCAGUUGUAGGUCAAAAGAGCUAGUUGAAAGACAUUUCGGGGUUCUAGGUCUAUGCGCAUACUUGACGUCAAGACCCUACAGCCUAGGUUCGAAGUUGGGUGAUGUGCUCGCAGAGCUAGCUCGUCAUACGAGCGCGCCAGACCCUAUUCCUGCCACUAUACGCUCGUCGCUGGCGGAGUUCAGACGCACACAUCAAGACGACUGGCCUAAACAUCGCGAACAGUUGACAGAAGAAGAACUGGACCUCCUCGCUGAUCUCACCUCACCGCCAUCAUAUUGCGCCUGA